AUGAGCAGCUCAGAGGAGGUGUCCUGGAUCUCCUGGUUCUGUGGGCUCCGUGGCAAUGAGUUCUUCUGCGAAGUGGAUGAAGACUACAUCCAGGACAAGUUCAACCUCACUGGGCUCAACGAGCAGGUGCCUCACUACCGACAAGCUCUAGACAUGAUCUUGGACCUGGAGCCUGAUGAAGAGCUGGAAGACAACCCCAACCAGAGUGACCUGAUUGAGCAGGCAGCUGAGAUGCUUUAUGGAUUGAUCCACGCCCGCUACAUCCUCACCAACCGUGGCAUCGCCCAGAUGUUGGAAAAAUACCAGCAGGGAGACUUUGGCUACUGUCCACGUGUGUACUGUGAGAACCAGCCAAUGCUUCCCAUCGGCCUUUCGGACAUCCCAGGGGAGGCCAUGGUGAAGCUCUACUGCCCCAAGUGCAUGGACGUGUACACACCCAAGUCCUCGAGGCACCACCACACGGACGGCGCGUACUUCGGCACUGGCUUCCCUCACAUGCUCUUCAUGGUGCACCCCGAGUAUCGGCCCAAGCGGCCUGCCAACCAGUUUGUGCCCAGGCUCUACGGUUUCAAGAUCCAUCCGAUGGCCUACCAGCUGCAGCUCCAAGCCGCUAGCAACUUCAAGAGCCCAGUCAAGACGAUUCGCUGA